AUGAUACUCAAAAACAUCUUCAUAGACUCGUACAUAUGUCCUCUUGAAGGUGCGGAGACAAAGUUGGAGUUGCGGGAACAGCAUGCGCGAGAGUUUAUGGCUAGCGAGCUCGAUCACCUCUCUGCCGCUGACCUCGGUAGCAGAGUAAGUUUACAGCUAACAGGUGAAGUUGUGACUGGGGCCAUAACAUCGCUCUUUCCCCAAAAUCGCAUGUUAAUUAUUGAAACUUUCAAUAAUACAAAUCCGGACCAACUUAAUGACGACAUUAGACACAUGUACCCGUACGCCAAAAUAGCAACUAUGAAGAGUGGUGGAGAUUUUCCGUACUUGACUAGACCGGAUGAACUCUUCAUAUUCGUUCAAGUGUUUUUAAAUAAUCUAAAGUCGGACUGCACAAAAUCGGAGUCGCCAGACACACAAGAGGCGUCAACCGUGGCAAAUUUGCGCAGCAUUGACCUUAACUAUGACUCUGAAAAUAGCGUUAUUAGUGGGUACUAG